AUGUCAACCGGGACUGGGUCGCCGUGCGGCGCAUGCAAGUUCCUCCGGCGGAAGUGCGCCCCAGACUGCGUAUUCGGGCCGUAUUUCUGUUCGGAGCAGGGCCCGGCCCGAUUUGCGGCCAUCCACAAGGUGUUUGGGGCCAGCAACGUGUCCAAGCUGCUGCUGCACCACGUGCCCGAGCCCAAUAGGUGCGAGGCCGUGGUCACCAUUGCCUAUGAGGCCCAGGCCCGCAUCAGGGACCCCGUCUAUGGCUGCGUGGCCCAUAUUUUCGCCCUGCAACAACAGGUGACUUAUCUACAAGCCCAACUGAUGCACGCAAAAGCCCAACUAGCCCAAAGCAUGAUGAUGGACCAGUCAUCACGAACCACAGAGAAUCAAUGGGCCGCCGGGCCCAUUGACCUGAGUUGCAUGGGCCCAUCGUCUCAAUUUCAGCUCCCAAAUUAUAAUAAUUUCACUAAUCGGUCAAACAUCUCACCUCAGAGCUCGUUGGACUCCAUUAACGACCACACCAUUAAUGGCGGCAUGCAAGAAAUCCAAAGCAGAGAUGAAUUACACGCCCUGGCGCUUAGAAUGAUGAACAAUGAAAACUAAGAUUAAUUGCGAAAACGACCCCUCAUCUUUAGGUUAAUUAUGGAUAGAGCCCAGUUGUCUUCUAAAAUAACAAAUAAGUCACUUGUCCUUUGUUUUUGUCUCACAAUAGUUAUAGAGUCAAGAGUGUAGGGGUUAUUUUGUAAGGUAGUCAUAAAUCUUGAGGGUAAUUUAAAAUUUUAAAAGAAAAGUGGG